GUGGUAGUUCAGUUGCUAAUGGACUAUAACGAAAUUUAUCUGGAUUAUGCGGGUACAAUGUCUUUCGAAGAUCUUCGGCCAUUUACGCGUCAGGAGUUAGAAAAAUAUCCGACGUCAGCCCCGCACCAAACAGGUUUUGGGAACGCAAAACGGAUAUGGCUAGGUCGAGGUGCUUCAGCAUGCUGA